GAGCACCUUGCCCUGAUCGUCACACGGGAAACGGCUCCUCCCCGCUUCCCUCCUGUCUGCCACGCAAAGCUGAGGCAGUGGCGUGGCCACGGCGCUCCUCCUGUACACAGCCUCGGAGACGGAGCCGAGUCGUCUGCUUUGAAUAAACAAGCGCUCCGUUCUGGCAGCUGGUAGUCUGCUCGCUUCCGAACCGACUCAGUGAUGACAGUGGCCGUGGGAAGGGACGGACGCGUUUGUUGUGCGGGGACCGGCGGGACGCAGGAGCGCGCUCCGGUGUUCAGCAUCAUCUACAUCCUCCGCUCCUGAGACCCGAGAGGCGCUCAGACCAGCACCAAACCCGCCGGAAGAGAUGUACUGCGGACUGCCAAUGAUUUUUCCUCCUCCAAUUCAGAUUCAAAAGCAGGGAAAGUCUGCAUUUCUGACUUCUUCUGUUCUCACUGAGCGCCGACAUCUCGUCUGCAGCUAAACCGCUGUCUUAGUUCUCCUUUAUCACGCCAGUGUUCACUCAUCCAUUCAUCCCCAUGGCUUCCUUUCUGGUAUCAUUGCUUCUGCUGGUUCUCCAGACAUAUGCUGCCCCAUCUGAGCUCAUUAAGGCAGGCUUUGGUUCAGCCCUGGACAGCAAAGACCCUGAUCCAGUACCACUAGUCAAUGUCUCUGAGGAUUCCACUUCAUCCCCACCACCAGGAACAAGCAAGCGGACCCCACACAGCAUCAUUAUUGGCGUGCGAAAAGGGGGCACCAGAGCGCUGUUGGAGAUGCUUGACAUUCACCCUGAGGUUGCUGUGGCUGCCACUGAGGUUCACUUCUUUGACUGGGAUGAAAACUAUGCUAAGGGUCUGGAGUGGUACCGUGACCUCAUGCCGUACUCUUACCCUCAUCAGAUCACGAUAGAGAAAACUCCGGGUUACUUUACGUCACCUCUCGCACCAGAACGCAUCUGCGCCAUGAACUCGUCUAUAAAGCUGCUGCUGAUCUUGAGAGACCCGACCGAGCGGGUGAUCUCUGACUACACCCAGGUGUACUUCAACCGACUGGAGAACCACAAGCCGGUGCAAGCCAUUGAGAACCUCCUGGUACGUAACGGAGCCCUGAACAUCCACUACAAGGCGAUCCAGAGGAGUCUGUACGACGUUCAUAUGCGCAACUGGCUGAAGCACUUCCCCCUGGAACAGAUACACAUCGUAAACGGGGACGCUUUGAUCCACGACCCCCUGCCAGAGCUUCAGAAGGUGGAGCGAUUCCUGAACCUGCCUCCGAGGAUAGUGUCCUCCAACUUCUACUUCAACCAGACCAAAGGGUUUUACUGCAUCCGGAGUGACGGACGGGAGCGGUGUCUGCACGAGUCUAAGGGACGUCCUCACCCGUCCGUCAACAGCACCGUUCUGCAGCAGCUUCGCUCCUACCUACGGGAACACAACCGGAACUUCUUCAGGAUGGUGAAGCGCACCUUCAGCUGGCAAUAAGAAACCUACGUCACAAACUGGACUCUAUCGAGCCGAGACUAAAUGAGGAAAAGAAACAGCACUUUACACAUACAUGAAGGAAGUCCUUUGAGGAACCUCUUAUUGAUUACUUUUGUGAUCUGGUUUCAGCAAAACUGUUCUAUAUUUACACAUUGAAGACAAAAAAAACUGUAAUUACAGACAAAUGUCAAAAGAGAACUUUCAGGUUUAUUUCUUUCUGUGCUGAAAGCAUUUAGCUUGUCAAAUAGCAGUGAAAAUGAGUUAGCUAAACUGAUGAACUUUUGCCCGACUUUCUUGUUUGAUAUUCUUCUUGUUCUUACGAAUAAACUAUUGUUUUAAAAC